AGUGUUUUUGAGUGUGUCGGAUUCAUACACAUACAUACAUACAUAUAUAUAUAUAUAUAUGUAUUUUUUGUGUUCGAUGUCGCCCCCAAUUUUUUGAAAAGAUGCCUGUCGCCAGUGAUGUGGGACUUUGUGUUAAGGAUACAUCACGGAAUCAAUAGGAGGAAGAAAUUGUGAUGCGAUAGGAGUAGGAGGAGGAGGAAGGUGGGAAAACAAAUAAAUUGUACGCGAGAGAAGAAAUAUGAAUGGAGCGAACGAAGAAGAGUCGUCAGCCCCGGGGAUACAAGACAGACGUCCGAUCAUCACAUGUGCCGGGGAGGUGGAACUUUUCUCAUGCAUUGAGGACAGGCUGUCAGUGGCGCUGCCUCAGGAGGUGUGCGAAUGGAGGAGAUCUCUGGGCAGACCAGCGAGAUCUGUUCACAUAUCGGCCACAUUUACACCUUACAAUCAGGCAGCCCUACCCAGGAUCAACCAAUGGGAUCUAAUUAGACAACCGCUGUUUCACAUCUUCUGGACUGAAUGCAAUGAUGUGGAUCAGUACAAGACAACUAUAAGGGACGAGAUUGAAGUGUGGCUGAAGGAGCUCAUAGCCAAAGACAUCCCUGAUUGGCUGAUUGUGGUGGUCGAGAAUUUUGAUGGAAAGCGCGCCAACAAAUUGUUACCUCGCACCACGGUGCUAGAUAAGAUUCGCACGGAGUUCGCCACCAAGCAGGGCGAUCGCUGCAUUUCGGUGCUCAAUCCGGGCAGGGAGGAGUCGCGAAAUGCGGAUUCAUGGCGGGGAUUGGUCGCAAGGAUCAGGCACCUGCUGCUCACGAGUUACGGUCGAGCCGUGUCCAAAUUGGAGGAUUACGUUCGGCAGCAGCGCGAACGACGAAACGAGCCCGGAUGGAAUUUCAUGGGUUACUUCAAAUUGCAGGAAGAAUUGGCGCAGGUGUUGGAGAUGCUCGGGUUGUACGAUGAAGCGCUGGUGCAGUACGACGAGCUGGACGCACUGUUCUCGCAGUUCGUGGUGAACGGUCAGUCCGGAGAUGCUACCGGUUCCGGUUGGUUGAGCGAAUUUCAACGGUCGCUGGAGAGGUGGCACGCCCUCAAGUUGGGACCUUGCGCGCUCCCCACGGAACCGGCGCCAUCUCUGCUCGAGCUCAGGGCUUACCUCUAUUCGAAGCAGGCACACAUGCUGCUGCUGACGAAUAAAGUUUGGGAGGUUGCAUCCCGUUGUUUGCCAUUUUUGCACGCCUGCUCUAGGGAGCUGCUGCUGCUGGAGAUCUCGGCACCGCCGGGUGCAGUCGCCUGCUGGCUCUUCCUCGCCUCAUUGGAGGUGCUUCACACGUGCAACCGUCACAACCAGGCGGAUCAGGUGGAGGCCUACUCGUUGCACACCGCCUGCCUCUGGGCCUACGCUAGUCAAAAGUUAAGAAGUCUGGGCGAUUUGUGUGGUCUGAUGCCGGGGAGGACGCCCACUUCGGAUCAGCUGCACGCCGUCGUCUAUCUGUCGGCCGGGAUGGGCGAUUGUCCGGGUAAACCGGAAUCACCAUCGCCGACGGACAUUCUGAAACAGGCUCUGCGCUCGCAAACGUCCUUCAACAAGACUUACCUGGAGCUGGCCGAACUUGCGAUGUGCACGUACAAACACAUCGGACGUCUCAGGUCGGCCCGACUCGUCGGAAGGGAGGUGGCCUCGUUCUACGUGCUUCUGGGGGAGGUGCAGAAGGCCGCUGCCUUCCUCACAGACGCACUGCGCACCUUCGAGCAGGACAAUUGGCGCGAUCUGGCGGCGCAGAGUCAGGUCGAGCUUGCCGAAUGCUACAGGAAGGCGGGCGACACUCGGAAAUACGUGAGGGCGUGCGCCGCCAUCGCCGCCGCCUCCGAAAUAGACAACCUGAUCCGUUGGAGUUACUUUGACGAGAUGCAGAACAGUCUGCUCGGCCUCGACCGAACGCUCAUAGUGCCUUUCAAGAACAUCCUGCGGAUAGAGAGCGUUCGCAUAGUCGGAGGUGCCGCCAGUAAAUCGUCCGCCACCGCAAUCGAGGUCAUGCAGGAUUCGCAGGUGGAGAUCGAACUGAUCGUCGAGUCGAACUUUCCGCGUGAGAUCGUGUGCGCCAAGGCGAUGAUAGCCGUCGAGGCGGACGCCAAGGAUGCGGCGACGGCUCAGAAAAGGGGUCGACGCAGUAGUAGCGUCAUCACGGGGAAGGACGUGCGGCAGCAGGACGCUCUGCUGCAGCGGUUGCGCAUCCAACGGCAUCUCGAUUACAAGGAGAACAAGCAGCUGUCUAGCGCGAGCGUCGUCUGCAGGAACGCCCCGCUGAAGAGAGCCGACAGCAACGUCAGUCCUGUCUACCACAGCGAGUUCAACGACUUCCUGGACACAGGAAAGACACCGUUCGUGAUUACACCCGGCAUGAACGUCGUACGUCUGAGCGGAAGGGCGGAAAGGGUGGGCAAGUUCUACCUGGGUCAGGUGGCCAUACACAUCAACCUGAUGGAGCUCAUCUCCGUUUCGCUAACGCCCAGACUCUGCUACGAGGUGCUGCGCGAAGAACCAAGCGUCCGACUGGACAAAGGCGAGGCCGCCCUCCUCUCCGACAUCGAACAAAUCAUGACGCUCUCGGUCACCAUCGGAAGUUACGCCAUCGAAACGAAGGGUGAAAAGAUCAAGGUGCUGUUAAAGUCAUCCUCGGGGUUGUCCAUAUGCGGUGAUGUCGUCAACGGCGGCGAAUUCGGCAACAGUUUGGAGAUCACUAUAGAAGAGACGCGACCGUACUCCACAACUGUCGCAUCGAUCCGCGUACUCGCCGAGGUACCAUCCAAGGAUCACCAGGUCACCAUCAUCUGUCCGUGGAGCAGCAAGUCGCUUCCAGUCACACUCAGCUUUGCACCGCCUCUGAAGAUUUCCUGGCGUCUGCAUACCGUUAAACAUCGCAAGUACGUGCAGAUCACCGUCGUCGGUCAAUGCGAUCGCGACCUCAGCAUCGGCGACAGCAGCCUCACCGUCUCCGACAAUAAAGUCGUCCCGUUCCAUUCGUCCGUCGGCGCUCAAGUUCUCCCGAACGGUAUGAGCGUGUCAUUCACGUACGAGAUAUUGGUGAGGGCGCAGAAGGAGUCGAUUCCGUUGAAGGCAGAAUUUCGGCUGCGGUACGCGAUGGGUGGUAGUGGUCAUGAUGAUGAUGAUGAUGAUGAUGAAAAAGGCAGCGUCGAAGAGUGUCGUGAGUACAGUUACCCGUUCGAACUGUCCAACUACCAGACUCUGUACCACAUCCGCGCCAAGGUGGAGCCGACCAAGGGAUCAGAGUUUUGUCGCGUCGGCACCGUCUGUCAUCUGCACGUGUCGGUGAGUGCGGCCGCGCACAGCUUCCACGGCGGCAGCUCUCUAAUGUACGAGGUGUUGGCCGAGCCGAGCGUUUGGGCGGUGUGCGGUCGGACUGCGGGAGUCAUCUCCUUCGAGUCCGACUCUGAUGCGGAGACGGUCGUGCUGGACGUGAUGCCGCUGAACAGUGGAUUCCUGCCGUUGCCUCUGGUUCGGCUCUCCAAGUACAUUCCGGCAGAUUUUGGCAACACCGAUUACGGUAAGAAUGAGCUGCUGCAUCCGCGAUUGGAGCCAUUCAGCGCCGGCCAAAUCUACAACGGAAGCAAGGGCGAACAGGUGCACGUCAUCAACACCAAUUCGGAACCGUUCUCCACCGGUGCUCCAACGUUGCUCACAUAAAACAAUAACGAAACAACAACAACAAUAACGACAGCAGCAGCAGCCGCAACAGCAAAGAGAAAAACUCCUAUUUUUCAUUUUACGUUCUGAAGAUUCAAGCGUUUUUAUUUUGUGCCAAGAGAUGGACUAGGAGGAAUUGAAUGGACGACUACGAAGACAAACAUCACACACACGAUUCAUCUGUGCAAUACGCCGGGUUUUAUGGUUCGAGCUCAAUAAUACUCAAAGAGAUACACACAAAAGAAAGGUUGACGUUGGCAAACAAAGAAUUGGCGAUCUCUGAAAGAUUUCGAUUAUAUUUUUAUUAAUCAAAAGAGUACUAGACCAUGCAUACAUACAAAAACUAUAUAUAUAUAUAUAUUUAU